AUGAGCUUCCGUGUUGCAGUCGUUCUCAUUGAUCCACUUAAUGACUUCCUCCACCCUGAGGGAAAGUUAUAUCCUCGUAUGAAAGCCAGCUUAGACUCGUCUAACUCUCUUACACACAUGAAAGAGCUGGUUACAGGCGCAAGACGAGCCCGCAUUCCUAUCUUCUAUGGUCUGCAUCAGAUUACUAAAAAUGGAACCUAUUCUGGCUGGAACCACAUGAAUGCGUCGCAGAUUCGGAUUAGAGAUAAUGUGACAUUUGACGAAGCGUUUGGUGGCCAAAUUUUCAAAGAUCUCGAACCUCAGUCUAGCAAUGGUGAUGUAGUUGUCUCUCGACACUGGAACAGCAGUUCCUUCUCGAACACCGAUCUGGAGUAUCAGCUCCGGCAGCGAGAUAUUAAUCAUAUUGUCUUGGCAGGUUUGACCACCAACACGUGCGUUGAGACUACUGCACGCCAUGCUCGUGAAAUUGGAUUCCAUGUUACUUUGCUUACCGAUGCAACUGCGGCCUUUUCAAUUGAGUUAGAAAAGGCAGCAACAAACCUGGUCUGGCCUCUUAUCGCAGAUGAGCUCAUGACGGUUAGCCAGUGGGUAUCUUCUGAGUCCAAAAGGCGGCUUUGA